ACGAAACAUCACUCAGUUUUUCAGGACUGAGUUCUGUUUUCCUCCAAAAGCUCAUUUCAGAAUGGAAGAUUUAGCGACAGAAAAGUCAUGUAAAGGAGUAAAUGGAGAGUCCCAAAAAGACAAAUCACCUCCCGCUGCGGCUGCUCCCAGGGUUGACUCAUGCUGCGGCUCCUGCCUGAGAAGGAUCAAGCUCUGGAUACCUGUGGACUACAAGAAUGAGACUGUUCACGUUUUAAAACUGGCAGGACCUGUGUUUAUUUCCCAGUUGAUGAGCUUCCUGAUCGGCUUCGUCAGCAUGGUGUUCUGUGGUCACCUGGGGAAGACGGAGCUGGCCGGCGUGGCUUUGGCGAUAGCGGUGAUAAAUGUCACCGGUAUUUCCAUUGGCUGUGGUUUGGCGUCAACGUGCGAUACACUCAUAUCUCAGACCUAUGGGAGCGGUAACCUGAAGCGUGUAGGGGUGAUUGUCCAGCGGGGAGUGUUGAUCCUGCUCUUGGCCUGUUUCCCCUGCUGGGCCGUGCUCAUUAACACUCAGCCCAUUUUGCUGGCUGUCAGGCAGAGCGCAGAAGUCGCCAGACUCUCACAGCUGUAUGUGAAGAUCUUCAUGCCGGCUCUGCCAGCUGCCUUCAUGUACCAGCUGCAGGGGAGGUAUCUUCAGAAUCAGGGCAUCAUGUGGCCACAGGUGAUAUGUGGAGCCGUGGGCAAUGUUUUAAAUGUAGUAAUCAACUACGUCUUCCUCAAUCUUCUAAACCUGGGGGUCCUUGGAUCAGCAGCUGCCAAUGCCAUCUCUCAGUAUUCCCUGGCUGUGUUCUUGUUUGUGUAUAUCUGCGCCAGAGGCCUGCACAAAACUACAUGGGACGGUUGGUCUCUAGACAGUCUGCAGGAGUGGGGGUCUUUCCUCCGCCUGGCCAUUCCCAGCAUGCUGAUGCAGUGUCUGGAGUGGUGGCUCUAUGAGAUUGCAGGGUUCCUGGCAGGCGUCAUCAGUGAGGUUGAGUUAGGGGCUCAGUCUAUAGUUUAUGAAGUGGCUGUCAUCGCUUACAUGUUCCCACUGGGUUUCUCGGUUGCUGCCAGUGUUCGGGUUGGAAAUGCUCUCGGUUCUGGGAACACAGAACAAGCCAAACUGUCCAGCAAGGUCUCCGUCAUCUGUGCAUGCAUCACCUCAUGUUUCAUUGGAGCCUGUGUUGCUGCGUCCAAGGAUGUGAUCGGUUACAUUUUCACCACAGAGGAAGACAUUAUUCAAAGGGUGGCUGAUGUCAUGCUGAUGUACAGUUUCAUCCAUUUUGCAGAGGCCUUUUCGUGUGUGACAGGAGGUAUUGUCAGGGGAGCAGGGAAGCAAAAGGUCGGUGCUCUGUGUAACCUGGUGGGUUUCUACUUCAUUGGGUUCCCUAUCGGAGCGUCUUUAAUGUUCCCUGUCAAAAUGGGGAUAGUAGGGUUGUGGUCAGGGUUUUUAAUCUGUGUCGUGAUACAGUCCCUAUUCUUUCUAGUAUUCCUGUGCAAACUAAACUGGAAGAAAGCCACUGAGGAGGCGCAGGUAAGAGCAGGAGUCCACCUUACAGAGCGGAACCAGAUCUUUGGGAUAGAAAACAAUGCCCAGGAGUGUGGUGAGAAACGGACCCACAUAGAGACGUGUGGAUCCAGUUCUCUGAGUCCAGGAGAGGGGAGGCUGGAGGCGCUCGAUGCAGGUCAGCAAACCUCACAUGACAACGCGGCUCUGUCAGUCAGGCAGCUGGUGGUGCGACGUGGGCUCACCGUACUGCUCAUGUUCAUCAUCCUCGCUGCUGGAGUCUGCAUCAGUGAGAUGCUCGUCAGACUGCUCCGAUUAGACGAGUGACCACGUACAUGCAGCACCAAUCAGAGCGCCGCGAUUCUGCCUUCCAGAUUACAGACGUACAGAAUGUUCGUGUUUUGCGGUAAAGCAUUUAAGGGGGGGGGGGGGGGGGUUUAGGGACACAUGCAGUGAGCGAAUCAAUAGUCAGGAGUGUAACACAACAAGUACCUGUUUGUGUGUAGCAAGAAUCAGAGAUUACUAUCCCCCUAUCUUAAGCAACCUCUAAGGGCAAAAUUCUAUUCCAUACAAAAUGUCAGAUGUGUACUUAUAUAGAUAAAGUAAUAGCUGGCAUUAGAAGGAUGCAGGACAAACAAUUAAAUAAAUAUUACUUUAUUGUAUUAAACUAGUGGCAUCUUCAUUUUUGUGGAACUUGAAAAGUUCAUUCACCCUUUCCCUGAUUCAUAUUUCUAAAUCUAUAAAUGCAUCUAUUCAACAGUUCAACCCACUCACUUAAGCAGCUGUUCCAUUUGUCAUCUUUUGGAAGAUCUAAAGAAACAAAGCACGAGCUGAACUGAAGAAAUGCUGUAAAGACAUGUCUCCUUUAGAAAAAAGAGACAUUCUGCGUACGAAGGUCUCACAUAUCAAGACACUGACAGAAAAUAUGUCCUUAUCCUGCAGCAUAUAGACAGAAUAGAUGCCACAAUUAGAAUUAGGAUGAUUAAAUGCUAUAUUUAGGCUACAGCGCGUCAGUGGGUGUGUUUUCAUCAUCCAACACAGAAGAGCGGCUCUUUCCCUUCGGUUUAUUUUUCUUUUGCUUUGAUCUACGUCGCCAUUUUUGGUUAUAAUGAAAUGUCUGUGCGCUCCCACUGCAACAAGCCUGCUGGAUGGAGACACGUCAGACCGAGCCAAUCAGCCUCCUAUUGCUCACUCGGAAGUAUAGAAUUCAAUCCUGCAAAAGAGCUAACUUUAUAGUUUGAGAAUUAUCCUCAUUCGUUUUCGUCUUGGCAUUAUAUAAGGAGAUUGAUCCCAUUUUCAUAUCUGUCAGUUAACUGGGUUUGCUUGUCUUAGCACAAAGACUAGAAACUCCCAAUAGUCCUUUAUAAUUUGAUCAAAACCAAAUUUUACACAAUCAGUUAUCAGUUCUCAAAAUAUGAUAUACUAUUGGCUUGUAUCUGCAAAGGCUUUCAGGCUAGUUGCUUCAUGCAGUCCUGUUCAUGCUAACAGUCUAGUAGAAAUCCCAUCUAACUCUAACCACAAAGCAAAUGAGUUUAUUUCCCAAAAAUCGCUGACUUCAUCACUUAUAAGCCAACUAACGUGACUUUACAGUUAGCUCUAAAUUAGAAUUUUAUUCAAGUGAACUUGUUCAAUUGCUGCUUUUGUCACUAUCAAACUGAAUGUCCAUAUCUCUCAAUCCCCGUAACACCACUGUUAAUUGCAAACAUUUACAUUUUAA